AAGAGUGACCAUAUUUUCCUUGUCCUGAGUCCUGACUAAACUUGCUACAAUAAUGGCUCGAGCCAUGGCCCUCUUAUGGGCCUCUGCAUUGAUAUUGGUUCCUGCCAUUGUUGUAGCACAGGACAUUGGUGUCAAUUGGGGCACGAUAGCAUCGCAUCCUCUGGACCCCAAAAUUGUUGUUAAUAUGUUCAAAGACAAUGGCAUCAAAAAGGUUAAGCUUUUCGAUGCUGCUUCCAACACUCUAAAGGCCCUGGCUGGAACAGACAUUGAGGUCAUGGUAGGGAUCCCCAAUCUUCAUUUGCAAAAUUUGGCUGAGAAUUACAGUUAUGCCCAGGCUUGGGUCAAGGAAAACAUCACUGCGCAUGUUGGUAAAGAGGGUGUCAAUAUCAAGUACGUGGCCGUAGGAAAUGAACCAUUCUUGGCAAGUUACAAUGGUACAUAUACCAACUCUACAUUCCCAGCGAUGAAAAACAUUCUCAAAGCACUGAACGAGGCCGGUGUUGGAAAAGAUAUCAAAGUAUCAACACCCCUUAAUGGUGAUGUUUACAUGACGCCUACAUACAAACCAUCGGAUGGUAUAUUUCGAGGCGACAUAGCAGAUAUCAUGGGCCAAAUAUGUGAAUUUCUCCAGGAAAAUGAUGCCCCUUUUGUCAUCAACAUCUAUCCUUUCUUUAACCUCUACCAGAAUCCUGGCUUCCCCAAAGAAUAUGCGUUCUUCGAUAAUAACUCGUCCGAUUUUGAUGACGAUGGUGUUAAAUAUCACAAUGUCUUUGAUGCCAACAUUGACACUCUUGUUGCGGCAUUGCAAAAGGCUAAAACCCCGGAUUUACCAAUCAUUGUUGGGGAAGUUGGGUGGCCGACGGAUGGUAAUAUUUACGCCACAAAACAAAAUGCUAAGAGAUUUUACGAUGGGCUGUUAAAGAAAAUGGCUAGCAACGAUGGAACUCCACUUCGACCAAAGAAGAACCCUGACGUGUAUAUGUUUUGUUGGUUGGAUGAGGAUUUAAAGAGUAUUGAUCCAGGUUUGUUUGAGAGGCAUUGGGGUAUUUUCAGCUUUGAUGGACAACCCAAGUUUCCAAUGGAUCUUUCAGGGGAAGGACAGAACAAGUCGCUUGUUGGUGCAAAAGAUGUCCCAUACUUUGAAAAGCAAUGGUGCGUGCACAACAAGGAUGCUCCAAACCAAGAAGAUUUGGCUGUAAAGAUUGAAUGGGCUUGCAAUAAUACCGACUGCACAACCUUAGUACCCGGGGCUUCAUGUUCCGAUAUGGGUCUUGACAUGAACGCCUCCGUUGCUUUCAACAUGUACUACCAAAUGCAAAAUCAAGCUGAAGCAGCAUGUGAUUUCCAGGGUUUAGCAAAGCUUGUCAAGCAGGAUCCAUCCAAUGAGACUUGUCAGUUCCCAAUUAUGAUUAAACAGUUCGAAUCCACAUCGUCUGCUCCUGAGCCAUCGGGGUCUUCAUCAGAUUCACCAGGGUCCGACUCUAGCACUCACUCUCUCUCUCCUUCUCUCCAACAUCUUCUUCAAAUUGUCGUAGGCAUUUGCAUUUUUUGGUUUGCAUAA